CUAACUUAAGAAAUAUCCCUUUUAUUAGUUUAUUUGCAAACACAAAGAGGCCCGCAGACAAUCGGUGGGCCGUUCAGUUCAGAGCCCCCGAAUUUUUCGUGGAGGAAUGAGGCUCUUAACGUACUUUGACCUUUAACCUUCGACCCGGUGCGGCAGCGGGAAACGCCUCCGUCUCUAUAUAAGGCUUUUUCCGGCCUUUUGCGGCCCUUUUUUUUUCUUCCUCAUAGCGCUGGUCCGCGGCUCCCUCCUCUUCUCUUUUCUUUCGUUGCCGCCCGGUUCCUAGGACCAGCCGACGCCAUGGGUUUUGGAGACCUGAAAAGCCCCGCCGGCCUCCAGGUGCUCAACGACUACCUCGCGGACAAGAGCUACAUCGAGGGGUAUGUGCCGUCACAAGCAGACGUGGCAGUAUUCGAAGCAGUCUCCGGCCCCCCGCCUGCCGACUUGUAUCAUGCCCUCCGUUGGUAUAAUCACAUCAAGUCUUACGAGAAGGAAAAGGCCAGCCUUCCAGGAGUGAAGAAAGCUUUGGGCAAGUAUGGCCCUGCCAAUGUGGAAGACACCACAGGAAGUGGAGCUACAGAUAGUAAAGAUGAUGAUGACAUUGAUCUCUUUGGAUCUGAUGAUGAGGAGGAAAGCGAGGAAGCAAAGAGGCUAAGAGAGGAACGCCUUGCACAGUAUGAGUCAAAGAAAGCCAAAAAACCUGCACUUGUUGCCAAGUCUUCCAUACUACUAGAUGUGAAACCCUGGGAUGAUGAGACGGAUAUGGCAAAACUAGAGGAGUGUGUCCGAAGCAUUCAGGCAGAUGGCUUGGUCUGGGGCUCUUCUAAACUAGUUCCAGUGGGAUAUGGAAUUAAAAAACUUCAAAUACAGUGUGUAGUGGAAGAUGAUAAAGUUGGAACAGAUAUGCUGGAGGAGCGGAUCACUGCGUUUGAGGACUAUGUGCAGUCCAUGGACGUGGCUGCUUUUAAUAAGAUCUAAAAACUACAUCAUAGAUCAUUGCCCUUAAAUAAAAGCUUAAAAGACAA